AUGAAGUCUCCUGCUGUGCUUGCACCUGGCAUUCUUGUGUUUCUGUUUACCUUCGUGCAGAAGAGCGAUGAGGAGUGUAAAGAGGCACUAGUAAAGUCCAGGAUGAAUGUGAACAUGCAAUAUCAGCUUCCUAACUUCACUGCAGAAACAUCCAUUCAGAAUGUUGUUUUGCACAAACAUCACAUUUACCUCGGUGCCGUUAACUACAUUUACGUUUUAAAUGACAAAGACCUUCAGAAGGUUGCUGAGUACAAGACUGGGCCUGUGCUGGAACACCCAGAUUGUUUCCCAUGUCAGGACUGCAGCCACAAAGCCAAUUUAUCAGGGGGUGUUUGGAAAGAUAACAUCAACAUGGCUCUGCUUGUUGACACGUACUAUGACGAUCAACUCAUUAGCUGUGGCAGUGUCCACAGAGGGACCUGCCAGCGACACGUCCUUCCACCCAACAAUACUGCGGACAUAGAGUCGGAGGUUCACUGCAUGUACUCUCCUCAGGCAGAUGAAGAGACCAACCAGUGUCCUGACUGUGUGGUGAGUGCCCUGGGAACCAAAGUCCUACUGUCUGAAAAGGAGCGAUUCAUCAACUUCUUCGUGGGCAAUACCAUAAAUUCUUCUUACCUUCCAGAUCAUUCACUGCACUCAAUAUCAGUGAGAAGGCUAAAGGAAACGCAAGAUGGUUUUAAGUUUUUGACAGACCAAUCCUAUAUUGAUGUUCUACCUGAGCUCCAAGAUUCCUACCCCAUUAAGUAUGUCCAUGCCUUUGAAAGCAACCAUUUUAUAUACUUUUUGACGGUCCAGAGGGAAACUCUAGAUGCCCAGACUUUUCACACAAGAAUAAUCAGGUUCUGUUCCGCAGACUCUGGAUUGCAUUCAUACAUGGAAAUGCCUCUGGAGUGUAUUUUGACGGAAAAGAGAAGAAAGAGAUCCACAAAGCAGGAAGUGUUUAAUAUUCUCCAAGCUGCAUAUGUCAGUAAGCCUGGGGCUCAGCUCGCUAGGCAAAUAGGUGCCAACCUGAAUGAUGACAUUCUCUAUGGGGUGUUUGCACAAAGCAAGCCAGAUUCCUCAGAACCAAUGAAUCGCUCUGCUGUCUGUGCAUUCCCUGUCAAAUAUGUCAAUGAGUUCUUCAACAAGAUCGUCAACAAAAACAAUGUGAGAUGUCUCCAGCAUUUCUAUGUCCCCAACCAUGAACACUGCUUCAAUAGGACACUUUUGAGAAAUUCAUCAGGAUGUGAAGUGCGCAAUGAUGAAUAUCGAACGGAGUUUACCACAGCUUUGCCGCGCGUUGACUUAUUCAUGGGCCAGUUCAACCAAGUCCUCUUAACAUCUAUAUCCACCUUUAUCAAAGGAGAUCUCACUAUCGCUAAUCUCGGGACGUCAGAGGGUCGAUUCAUGCAGGUUGUGGUUUCUCGAUCAGGAUCAUUAACUCCUCACGUGAAUUUUCGCCUGGAUUCCCACCCUGUGUCUCCAGAAGUGAUUGUGGAGCACCCACUAAACCAGAAUGGCUAUACACUGGUUGUCACAGGGAAAAAGAUCACCAAGAUCCCGCUGAAUGGCCUGGGCUGUGAACAUUUCCAGUCCUGCAGUCAGUGCCUCUCCGCCCCUUCCUUUGUGCAGUGUGGCUGGUGCCAUGAUAAAUGUGUGCGAUUGGAGGAAUGCCCCAGUGGAACGUGGACUCAAGAGACCUGUCUGCCAACAAUCUACAAGGUUUUUCCAACUAGUGCCCCCCUUGAAGGAGGGACAACACUGACUGUUUGUGGCUGGGACUUUGGAUUCAAGAGGAAUAAUAAAUUUGACUUGAAGAAAACCAGAGUUCUCCUUGGAAAUGAGAGCUGCACCUUAACCUUAAGUGAGAGCACAACAAACAUGUUGAAAUGCACAGUUGGUCCUGCAAUGAAUGAACAUUUCAAUAUGUCCAUAGUUAUUUCAAACAGUCGCGGGUCAGUACAGUAUAGUACAUUUUCCUAUGUGGAUCCUAUAAUAACAAGUAUUUCUCCAAAUUAUGGUCCAAAAACUGGUGGCACUUUACUUACAUUAACUGGAAAGCACCUAAACAGUGGAAAUUCAAGACACAUUUCAAUUGGUGGAAAAACAUGUACUUUAAAAAGUGUUUCACAUAGUAUUCUCGAAUGUUAUACCCCAGCCCAAAGCACUCCAAGUGAGUUUUCUAUUAAAUUGAAAAUUGACUUAGCCAACCGAGAGGUGAACAGCUUCAUUUACCGGGAAGACCCCAUUGUCUAUGAAAUACAUCCCACCAAAUCUUUUGUCAGUGGUGGGAGUACAAUAACAGGUGUUGGAAAAAACCUGAAUUCAGUUAGUAUCCUAAGGAUGGUAAUAAAUGUGCAUGAAGCUGGAAGGAACUUUACAGUGGCAUGUCACCAUCGCUCUAAUUCAGAGAUAAUCUGCUGUACAACUCCUUCACUACAACAGCUGAACCUUCAACUCCCCCUGAAAACCAAAGCCUUCUUCAUGUUAGAUGGGAUCCAUUCCAAAUACUUUGAUCUCAUUUAUGUACAUAAUCCUGUGUUUAAGCCUUUUGAAAAGCCAGUAAUGAUCUCAAUAGGCAAUGAAAAUGUACUGGAAAUUAAGGGAAAUGAUAUUGACCCUGAAGCAGUUAAAGGGGAAGUGUUAAAAGUUGGAAAUAAGAGCUGUGAAAAUAUACAUUCACAUUCUGAAGCUGUUUUAUGUACGGUCCCCAAUGACCUGCUGAAAUUGAACAGCGAACUAAAUAUAGAGUGGAAGCAAGCAAUUUCUUCAACUGUUCUUGGAAAAGUGAUAGUUCAACCAGAUCAGAAUUUCACAGGAUUGAUUGUUGGUGUUGUCUCAAUAUCAAUAAUACUCUUACUGUUACUCGGGCUUUUCCUGUGGCUGAAAAAAAGGAAGCAAAUUAAAGAUCUGGGCAGUGAAUUAGUUCGCUAUGAUGCAAGAGUACACACUCCACAUUUGGAUAGGCUUGUCAGUGCCCGAAGUGUAAGCCCAACUACAGAAAUGGUUUCCAAUGAAUCUGUAGACUACCGAGCUACUUUUCCAGAAGACCAGUUUCCUAACUCAUCUCAGAAUGGGUCAUGCAGACAAGUGCAGUAUCCUCUGACAGAUCUAUCCCCCAUCUUAACUAGUGGGGACUCUGAUAUAUCCAGUCCAUUACUGCAAAAUACCGUCCACAUCGACCUCAGUGCUCUAAAUCCAGAGCUGGUCCAGGCAGUUCAGCACGUAGUAAUUGGGCCGAGCAGUCUGAUUGUACAUUUCAAUGAAGUCAUAGGAAGAGGACAUUUUGGGUGUGUAUAUCAUGGAACUUUGUUGGACCACGAUGAUAAGAAAAUUCACUGUGCUGUAAAAUCCUUGAAUAGAAUCACUGACAUAGGAGAAGUUUCCCAGUUUCUGACUGAGGGAAUCAUCAUGAAAGAUUUUAGUCAUCCCAAUGUCCUCUCGCUUUUGGGAAUCUGCCUUCGAAGCGAGGGGUCUCCACUGGUGGUCCUACCAUACAUGAAACACGGGGAUCUUCGAAAUUUCAUUAGAAAUGAGACUCAUAACCCAACUGUAAAAGAUCUUAUUGGCUUUGGUCUUCAAGUAGCCAAAGGCAUGGAAUAUCUUGCAAGCAAAAAGUUUGUCCACAGAGACUUGGCUGCAAGAAACUGUAUGCUGGAUGAAAAAUUCACUGUCAAGGUUGCUGAUUUUGGUCUUGCCAGAGACGUGUAUGAUAAGGAAUACUAUAGUGUACACAACAAAACAGGUGCAAAACUGCCAGUGAAAUGGAUGGCUUUAGAAAGCCUGCAGACUCAGAAAUUUACCACCAAGUCAGAUGUGUGGUCCUUCGGCGUGCUCCUCUGGGAACUGAUGACAAGAGGAGCACCACCUUAUCCUGACGUCAACACCUUUGACAUAACAGUUUAUUUGUUGCAAGGAAGAAGGCUCCUACAACCUGAAUACUGCCCAGAUCCCUUGUACGAAGUGAUGCUGAAAUGCUGGCACCCUAAAGCUGAGCUGCGCCCAUCCUUUUCUGAACUGGUCUCCAGGAUAUCCGCGAUAUUCUCUACUUUCAUUGGGGAGCACUAUGUUCAUGUGAAUGCUACUUACGUGAACGUCAAAUGUGUCGCUCCGUAUCCUUCUCUGUUGUCAUCACAAGAUAAUGUCAAUGGCGAGGGGGACACAUGA